GAACCAGAGCCCCACAUGAGAGCUGCUAAACUUGCUUCCCCAAUGACACCCGACCUAUUCGACUCCAGAGCUCGUACAGCUCAGAAUGAACAUCUCAUCCCUCCCGUGCCCACGUGUCACUCACACCGGACUCCUCCCACCUACCAACCACGCCCCCUGUCUGCCUCUUCCCACUGCCUUGCACUGCCCCUCUUUGCCAUGGCGGAAGUCGGUAGACGUCAGCAUGCUCGGGUUAAAGGAGAAGCCUCCCCGAGGCCCCCAGCAUACAGGGAUGAGGGUUUGGGGAUGGCGGCCGAAACGAUGACGGUGCUGGUGAAACUGCUGGCAGCCGCCUUCUACGGCGUGAGCUCGUUUUUCAUCGUGGUGGUGAACAAGAGCGUGCUGACCAAUCACAGGUUUCCCUCCUCACUAUGUGUGGGACUUGGCCAGAUGUUGGCCACUGUGGUUGUAUUAUGGUUGGGAAAGGCACUGAGGGUUGUUCAUUUCCCUGAUUUUGACAGGCACAUACCUCGAAAGACUUUUCCUCUACCUCUUCUGUAUUUUGGGAAUCAAAUAACAGGAUUAUUCAGCACAAAGAAGCUCAAUCUUCCGAUGUUCACAGUCCUUAGACGGUUCUCGAUCUUGUUUACAAUGAUGGCUGAAGGUUUCUUGCUAAAGAAACAUUUUUCCCGCAGCAUUCAGAUGACUGUAUUUGCUAUGAUAAUUGGAGCAUUUAUAGCUGCCAGUGCUGACCUGGCUUUCGAUCUUGAAGGGUACAUAUUUAUCCUGUUGAAUGAUGUUCUAACAGCUGCAAAUGGGGCCUAUGUAAAACAGAAACUUGAUUCAAAGGAACUUGGAAAAUAUGGUCUUCUUUAUUACAAUGCGUUAUUCAUGAUUUUGCCUACACUGGGAAUUGCAUACAUCACUGGAGAUAUUGACAAGGUCAUGGAAUAUGAAGGAUGGGGCGACUUCUUCUUCAUUGUGGAGUUCACUCUAUCGUGUGUCAUGGGGUUUUUUCUAAUGUAUUCCACGGUCCUUUGCACUCAUUAUAAUUCUGCCCUGACAACAACAAUAGUUGGUUGCAUUAAAAACAUUUUAAUAACGUACAUUGGAAUGUUUUUUGGAGGAGACUAUAUUUUUUCAUGGACAAACUUCCUGGGAUUAAAUAUCAGUAUUGCUGGAAGCCUGGUGUAUUCCUAUAUAACCUUCACAGAAGAGACCGUGAACAAGCAAGUGGAAUCUCUAGCCAAACUGGACAUUAAAGGGAAAAGCUCUGUGUGACAUGGAGUCAGUUGUGUCCUGUACAGUCUCAUCUGGGUACAUGAUCCGCAUGUACAACAUCACAAGGCUAUUGCUAAUUUGCACAUUUGAUGGACAGAAAUAAUUGCCUUUUUUUAUAUAUAUAUAUUUUAGACAUUUUGAUUUUAGAGAUACACAUAUUUACAUUUUUGGUCGGUAACAAAAUAAGUAUAUUUUUUAAUGCUUGAUAUAACCCAGUUGUUACUGCCAACACAUUUCACUGUCUUCAAGUGCACAAACCGUCUCAUAUUUAUGUGUAUAUAUAAGGCUAGUUUUAUGACGAUGUCUUGGUCUACUAAAUUAUACUGCUGUGAGACAUGGCAUAUCUGUAUAUGUUCCUGUAAUAUAGGGAUAUCCAACCUAUUGCCACAACUCCCAGCGUAGAUAAUGGGAACUGGAGUUAAUAACCGUAUAAGCACUUCUGUUUGGACUUCCCUGACCUUGCAAUGUGUACUUUUUAAAGUGAAUUUUUGACUUUUUUUUUUUUUUUUUAAGACUUGGCAAGUUUAAUUUUGUAUGCAGUAUACUGUCUCAGAGCUCCAUAUUGUCUUAUAAUAUGAUUCAUCAUAAAUGAUGAGUCUCUCCUCUUUGUUUGUGGCCAUCUUUCAGCAGAGUAUAUUAUUCUGGGUUAACUGUAGCUUUGCAUCAGCAAGAUGUAUUUGUACUCAUUUGUAUUACAUAUAGUUUUAAGUGUGUUUUUUUUAAUGGGAUUUAGGUGAGUAUGGGGCUGUAGUUGUAGGCUCAGGCCCUUUAUCUCGGCUGCUUGUAACUGCAAGCCAUGUUUUUUUUAAUACCUGUGAGCAACAUUCAAAUAUAAAAAGAUUGGGGAGCAACACAAGCAUGAAAAAGUUCAGGGGGGGUGCUAAAAACGGGCUGUGAUUGGUUAUUUUGUAGUCCCUAUGUGAACUGGAAGCUUAUGUGGUUUGGCAGUACACCUGGAUUAUAUGCAGCCAAAACUUGCCUCCAAGCCUGGAAUUAAAAAAAAUAAAAUAAUAAUAAGCGCCUGCUGUGUGGCAACUGGGUACAACAUGCAAGCAGUUGGUGAGGCCACAAGACUAGUCAAAGACCAGUGCUGUACAUCAGGUGUGGGAUCUCUGACCAACUAGUGAGUGUCCAUCAAGAAAGAGCCUGGUGCAGGUAUCUUACCCACUACCACCUGUCUGUCUUCAUGAAGUGGCUACUUUUAGAGACUUCCAGCUGGUCUGGCCCUUAACCUAGAUAUGAACUACAGUUUGUAUUGGUUUUCUAGUCUGUGCAUUUAUCAUUUAAGCUGCAAACAUAUACAUAACCUUCCUUUUCUUUUACGCUUUCACAGAUGGAUGUUUAUUGCUCACUUUUCCUAAGGUCUGGUAUUUGGCUGAAUCUUUCGCAAAGGAUUCGGCCGAAUCCAAAAUAGUGGAUUUGGUGCAUCCCUAGUUGCAUUAAAUGUUUUGAUGACAGAACAGGGAUAAUGUGGUUUAAAGUUGCACACUUUGCCAUUGGAUUGGCCGGGAUCUAGGUUUGUUGUGGGUAUUAUUCCAUAGCCCCUAAAGCUGGCUGUAACCUUGAUCUUGCCAUCAUUUAGAAUUUUGCUCGUUUUUGUCCACUUUCUACAUCUUAAUCACUCGGAGAGAGAGAGAUACAGAAUGGGGAACCGUGAUACAUGUGCUGGUUGCUACAUUAUUGCUCUUUUUUUUUAGAAGCUAUACAGAAUAUUGAUUGUGAUGCAAUUUCUAUUUUAAUUUCUUAUUUUCAAAUAUGGUGCAGCCUAUAGUCCAGUUGCCCAGACCUGGGACCUGCUAUCCAGCAACCUGUCCUGCUACUCAAACUUACCUGUUCCUUUAACCCAAUUUUGGACCUGUGCAAUCUGGAAGUGACCUCACUGGUUGGUGGAUGUGACAUCACUCCGGAGGAGGAUCAACCAAACCAGGGGGAAACAGUUUUUAACUUCAGUAGGUGGGGGGAAUGUGAGCCUGCAAUCGGCCUGGGUACCUGCAGACAACCCAUAUGUUUGGAAUUGGGGUGUUUUAGCCUGAAACCUGACCACGUUGCUGGUAUUCCAUGGGUACCCAACCCAUUGCAGGACUCUAGUGCAGCCCAUUCACACAGAUAGAGAAGCUCAUGUGUAGUGGCUUUACAGCAGUCUGGAUUGGGGCCAAAUCUGUACUUUUACAUAGGUUACUGCUUUAAAAAUAUUCAACUCAAAAUGUGACACUAGUUUUAUGGCAGCUCACCAAAUUUCAUGGUACAAGAGCAGACUUGUGUUAUUUGAGUAUGAUCUGUAGUGUAAGCUGCAGCCAAGGCAUGCUGAGUUCCUGUAAGAGGCCAAUAUAUCAUUUCUGGUGCCAUUCUAGAGGCGCUGUGUAUCUCUUGUAACUGCUUUCUCUGACCAACUGCAAUCUACAGCAGCUAAGAAAAAAUCUUGGGGAGAAAAAGUAUAUUUUCAAGCCUGUGCCAAUCAAGUGUGCUGGCAAAGCAAUAGGUGUUUUUUUUGCAGGGGAUUGGAUACAGAAGCAAGGCAGGGUCCAAGGCUCAUCUUUUAAACUUUCUUUCAAACACAGCAGUGAACCACUUAUGGACAUGCACACAAAUACACAAUUACUAGCAGAGCACUGUAUAAGGUACAAUCCUAGGCACUUUCUUCCCCAGGGCACUGAAUUCCCAAGCAUGUUUCAUCCUCAUUGGUAGGGUUGCCACCUUUUCUGGAAAAACAUACCGGCCCAACUCUAUUUAUCUUUUUUCCCUAUUAAUAACAUUGGGAUCAACCAUCAUUUUUACCGGCCUGGUGGCAACCCUACUCAUUGGACAUGUCCGUUUGUGAAUACAAUUACGUGGAGAUGGAAUGAGAAUAGUCGUGUACCUUAUAUACGUUUCCCACACUACUCACAAACAUAAGUGGCUAUGUAUACUGCACAAAAUCCUGCCUCAUUAUUAGAGCACUGCUUGGAUAUAGAUUCAUCCCAACACAGGACCCUGGUUACUUUAUGAAGCACCCUGGUGUAGUGGGUUUGUAUAUUUGCGUGUUGCUUUUCUGAUGUUCUGUGUCACUGGAGGAACCCGUGGCAAGCUGCCUGCAGUGUGAAAUCUAUCAGUUAUCUGGUUUGUGCCGCACUUUUGUACCGAAUCUGUAUUUCAAUAUCCAGCGACACAUGAUCGGAUCAGUCUUGCCGGCCUCUUAUGUUGCCAUUCAUCUGCUCGGCCCAAGGUUCAAACAACUGGAUCAGGGACAUGUGGGAAUCUGCCCAUAUAGGGCUUGCCAUGUUUAAUGUUACUCUGCCUUAUGCAAUUCUAAAAUGUAAAGAGAUUAUGUGAUAAUCUGUAUUUAUUAAAGGCAUUUAGAAAAGAUUUCCAGUAUUUAUUUGUAUACCAUGCCGUCUGUGUAAAUGUCCGUUCUAUCCUUUUUCAGUAUGACUAUGAACUUUUUAAAAAGACGUGGAACUGUUUUUAUUGAAGUAAAUGUACCAACUGUUUUUGUACAUGCUUUAAAUAAAAGCAUCUGGAAAGAU